GUGGUGCCACAUAUAAGUGUGUAAGUUAAUAUAAAGAUUUUGGAGAUGCUCCAAAGAGACAAAUAGCAGGGAAAUUGAGCCCAGGCUCCUUCAUAGAGGGGGAGUGGGUGCUGGAGGAGUGGAGGAGCCACCUGAGUGGCAGCAUGUAAGAAAACCUAGAGGCCUAGAAAUGCUUAGUAAAUGUCAGGGCUUUUUUUUUUUUUUUCUAGAGACAGGGUUUCUCUGUGUAGCCCUGCCUGUCCUGGAACUCACUCUCAUCAGACUGGCCUCAAACUCAGCAAUCCAUCUGCCUCUGCCUCCCAAGUGCUGGGAUUAAAGGCGAGAGCCACCACUGCCUGCCAAAUGUCAAGGCUUAGAAGGACAUGAAAGAACUGGGCUAGGACUCUAAAUGGAAACCCUUGAGUACCUGAUAAAUAAGGGGAGAGACAAUUUUUUUAAUUAAAAAAAAAAUGACUUGUCUGUUUCUGCAUUUGUAUAUAUGUGCACAUGUGUGCAGAUGCCAGUGGAGGCCAGAAGGAGGCGCUGGAGCCCCCCAAGCUAGAGUUACAAGCAGGUGUUAGCUGUGGGUGCUGGAAGAGACUCUCCAGUCCCCUGUUUUCUUUAGUUAGUUAGCUAGCUAGCUAGUUUGUUUGUUGUGACAGGGUCUCAUAUACCAGACACCUUGAACUCACUAUGUGACUAAGGCUGGCCCAGAACUUGCAACCCUCUCGCCCUGAGCUCCUAAGCAAGCCCUUGGGCUGCAGGCAUGCACCACCUUGCCCUGCACUGGUUCAUUUGCUUUGUGGGAAGAGAUCUGAAAGUUGAACAUAGGAUGCUUGGUCUUUUUGGCUGGUUGGUUGGGUUUUGAGAGAUGGUCUAACAGAGUGUGCAGGCUGGCCGCAAACUCCUGUCCUCCUGCCUCUCCUUCUCCAGUGCUGAGAUUUACAAGUGUGUGCCAACAUGCCUGGUUAGGCCCUUUUUUGAGUGACCUGGCCAAGUGAAGUAUUCUAGGGGGGUAAAGGGAGAGCGUGGGGGGGAGGGUGUUCCAGAAUGACUGCCAACAUCAGUGUGAGCAUUUGGUCCAAUGCAAUGAACCUGGGUUUCCGUGUGAGCCUGGGCUUCUCCUGUCGGUUGGAGAAGAGGGGAGGAUGGUAAAUUUUGGGUUCACACGAGUUUCAGUUGAAUUCUUGAUCCUGUCGUUUCCUGGUUGUGUGACCUUGGGCAGGCUGCUUAAUCCCUUUCCUGUUUUAUAGUUUCCUCACCCGUAAAAUAAGUCUAAUAAUAUCCACAUUUAAGGGAUCAAUAAGACAACACCCAGCAUAAAAUCCCAGAGGAGUAAAAGACCAGUUUCCUUCUUUCUUCCACGGCCUCUGGACCCCUCCCCCAGCUGCUGACAAAACACACUGGCACUUGUAUGUCAUGGAGGUAUUUCCCUGGCUCUGUUGAGUUCCUUGCUCCUGUGUACCUGGCCUUCACUCACACCCUGGGUACAUGCACCCAAGCUGCAAGCUAUAUUAGCUCAGUAGAUCCCCGCUGAGAAAGUCCUGUGCCUGCUGCUUCUCUGGGGACCCUGUAUGAGGAUCCCAUUAAGAAGAUGCUUGUGAGUAUGCUCUGCUGAGCCAAGAGGACCCCCCUUUGGCUGAGGGCCCUUUUACUGAGUGCAGAUUUAGGCUCUUUCUCCCUGGGGACCUUAUGCAAAUUGGGGGAUAGCAGAUGGGAGGAAGGUGUCAAGCCUCAGCCCUAUGAAGUAGCACCAAACUGCCUGACACCUCCCUCCCACGCCCAUCAACAUCUUCUUUGAAAUUCUAUAUGACUUUACUGCAGAGACUUAAACGGUCUCUUGAACACCCGGUCAAGGUGGGGAUUCUGUUCAGUGGUCGCUGGGGCUCACCGAGCAGGUCCCAAGACAGCAUGUACCUGCCCUCCAGGCCUGACACUGGCAGGAAGUAGAAGGCUCUGUCAUCUCCUGUGCCCCCCGCCCUCAUCAUGUCUUCCACUCAGGGCAAUGGGGAGCACUGGAAGUCCCUGGAGUCGGUGGGCAUCAGCCGCAAAGAGCUGGCUAUGGCCGAAGCCCUGCAGAUGGAGUAUGACGCUCUUUCCCGGCUCCGACAUCACAAGGAGGAGAGCAGGGCCAAGCAGAACACAGAACCCUCUCUUAUCAGCUGGGAUGAGCCAGCCUUGGACUUCUACAGCAAGCCAGCAGGCAGGCGGACCGACCUCAAGCUCUUGCGUGGUCUUUCUGGCUCUGAUCCCACCCUAAAUUACAACUCCAUCUCCCCACCAGAGGGGCUCCCCAACUCUACCUCCCAGGAUCCACAGCCUGGCCCAGACCCCUGGCCCAAGGGCUCCCUGUCUGGAGACUAUCUCUAUAUUUUUGAUGGCUCAGAGGGGAGAUGCUCUUUGUCUCCAGGAUCAGGUGACACAGAUGGCUCUUGCAAGAAACUAUCCCCACCUCCUCUCCCUCCUCGUGUCUCUAUCUGGGAUGCCCCUCCCUUGCCUCCUAGAAAAGGAUCACCCUCACCCUCCAAGAUCUCUCAGCCUAAUGACAUCAACAGUUUCUCUUCGGCAGAACAGCCACCUGACAAACUGCUAGUGGCCCAGGACCCAGAAGAGGGAGAGCUGCCUGAUGGCAGGGGACAGGGACACACGCUGGGGUCUGUGGACUACGAUGGCAUCAAUGAUGCAAUUACCAGGCUCAACUUGAAGUCCACCUACGACUCAGAGAUAUCGUCUGAUGCUACCAGGGGCUGGAAGGAGGGCCGAGGGCCCCUGGACUUCAACAAGGACACCUCUGGGAAACCUGUGGCCCGGAGCAAGACGAUGCCCCCUCAGGUGCCCCCUCGAACCUAUACUUCUCGAUAUGCCAACCGAAAAAAUGCAACACCUGGCAAUAACCGACGGAUUUCUGCUGCUCCGGUGGGCUCUCGGCCCCACACUGUUGCCAAUGGCCACGAAUUGUUUGAGGUCUCAGAGGAGAGAGAUGAGGAAGUUGCUGCGUUCUGCCACAUGCUGGAUAUCCUUCGAACGGGCUCUGAUAUCCAGGACUAUUCCCUAACUGGGUGUGUCUGGAGCACUGUCACCCCAAGUCCAGAACACCUUGGGGAUGAGGUCAACCUGAAGGUGACAGUGUUGUGUGACAGUCUCCGGGAGCCACUCACCUUUACCUGCAACUGUUCCUCCACCGUGGACCUGCUCAUCCACCAGACCCUCUGCUACACUCACGAUGAGCUGAGGGAAGUGGACGUGGGCGACUUUGUGCUGAAGCCCUGUGGGCUGGAGGAGUUCUUGCAAAAUAAGCACGCCCUGGGAAGCCAUGAGUAUAUCCAAUAUUGCCGCAAGUUUGAUAUCAGCAUCCGGCUACAGCUGAUGGAGCAGAAGGCUAUCCGGAGCGACCUGGCCCGGACGGUGAAUGACGACCAGAGCCCUUCCACCUUGAACUACCUCAUCCAUCUCCAAGAGAGGCCAGUCAAGCAGACCAUCAGCAGGCAGGCCUUGAGUCUUCUGUUUGACACUUACCACAAUGAGGUGGACGCCUUCCUGCUGGCUGAUGGGGAUUUCCCACUGAAGGCUGACAGGGUGGUCCAGUCUGUCAAGGCCAUUUGCAAUGCUCUGGCUGCUGUGGAGACUCCCGAGAUCACGAGCGCUCUCAACCAGCUGCCUCCCUGCCCCUCGCGCAUGCAGCCAAAAAUCCAGAAGGAUCCCAGCGUGUUGAGUGUGAGGGAAAACCGAGAGAAGGUGGUAGAAGCCUUGACAGCGGCCAUCUUGGACUUGGUGGAGCUGUACUGCAGCACAUUCAAUGCAGACUUCCAGACGGCGGUGCCUGGGAGCCGAAAGCAUGAUUUGGUUCAAGAGGCCUGCCACUUCCCUGGGGCCCUGGCCUUCACUGUCUAUGGCACUCACCGUAUUCCCAUCAUCUGGGCUACCAGCUAUGAAGAUUUCUACCUCUCCUGCUCCCUCAGCCACGGUGGCAAGGAACUUUGCAGCCCCCUGCAGACCCGGCGGGCUCACUUCUCCAAGUACCUGUUCCACCUCAUCAUCUGGGACCAGCAGAUCUGCUUUCCAGUGCAGGUGAACAGGCUACCUCGGGAGACUCUGCUGUGUGCCACACUCUAUGCCCUGCCCGUUCCCCCUCCUGGGGGUUCCUCUGAAGCGAAUAAGCAGAAGCGGGUGCCUGAAGCUCUGGGUUGGGUCACUACCCCUCUCUUCAACUUCAGGCAAGUCUUGACCUGUGGUCGAAAGCUCCUGGGCUUGUGGCCAGCGACACAGGAAAACUCCGGUGCCCGCUGGAGUGCGCCUAAUUUCCACCAGCCAGACAGUGUUAUCCUGCAGAUUGACUUCCCCAGCUCGGCCUUUGACAUCAAGUUCACCAGCCCCCCUGGAGACAAGUUCAGCCCCCGCUAUGAGUUUGGCAGUCUCCGGGAGGAGGACCAGCGCAAACUUAAAGACAUUACGCAGAAGGAGUCCCUAUACUGGCUCACGGAUGCUGACAAGAAGCAGCUGUGGGAGAAACGCUAUUACUGCCACACUGAGGUGAGCUCACUCCCCCUGGUUCUCGCCAGUGCACCCAGCUGGGAGUGGGCUUGCCUGCCGGACAUCUAUGCUCUCCUGCAACAGUGGACUCACAUGAACCACCAAGAUGCCCUGGGACUCCUGCAUGCCACCUUCCCGGACCAGGAGGUGCGGCGGAUGGCCGUGCAGUGGAUCGGCUCCCUCUCAGAUGCGGAGCUGCUGGACUACCUGCCCCAGCUAGUCCAGGCCCUGAAGUAUGAGUGCUACCUGGAUAGCCCCUUGGUGCGCUUUCUCCUGAAACGAGCCAUCUCUGACCUGCGAGUGACCCACUACUUCUUCUGGUUACUGAAGGACAGCCUCAAGGACUCUCAGUUCAGUAUCCGCUACCAAUACCUGCUAGCAGCCCUGCUGUGCUGCUGUGGCAAGGGACUGAGGGAGGAGUUUAACCGCCAGUGCUGGCUUGUCAACACCCUGGCCAAACUGGCCCAGCAGGUCCGAGAGGCCACCCCAUCCGCCCGCCAGGGCAUCCUUCGUGUGGGCUUGGAGGAGGUGAAGCAGUUCUUUGCCCUCAAUGGUUCGUGCCGUCUGCCGCUCAGUCCCAGUCUCCUGGUGAAGGGCAUCGUGCCCAGGGACUGCUCCUACUUCAAUUCCAACGCAGUGCCCCUGAAGCUUGCCUUCCAAAAUGUGGAUCCGCUGGGCGAGAACAUCAGAGUCAUCUUUAAGUGUGGGGAUGAUCUUCGUCAGGACAUGCUCACCCUGCAGAUGAUUCGCAUCAUGAGCAAGAUCUGGGUACAGGAGGGGCUGGACAUGCGCAUGGUCAUCUUCCGCUGCUUCUCCACUGGCCGAGGAAAAGGGAUGGUAGAGAUGAUACCCAAUGCAGAGACACUGCGCAAGAUCCAGGUGGAACAUGGGGUGACUGGCUCCUUCAAGGACCGUCCCCUGGCCGACUGGCUACAAAAACACAACCCUGGGGAGGAUGAAUAUGAAAAGGCUGUGGAGAACUUCAUCUACUCUUGUGCUGGCUGCUGUGUAGCUACAUACAUCUUGGGCAUCUGUGACAGACACAAUGACAACAUCAUGCUAAAGACCACGGGCCACAUGUUCCAUAUAGAUUUCGGCCGCUUCCUGGGUCACGCACAGAUGUUUGGUAACAUCAAGAGGGACCGUGCCCCGUUUGUCUUCACCUCAGACAUGGCGUAUGUCAUCAAUGGGGGUGACAAGCCUUCCAGCCGCUUCCAUGAUUUUGUUGACCUUUGCUGCCAAGCCUACAACCUCAUUCGCAAGCACACCCACCUCUUCCUCAACCUUCUGGGCCUGAUGCUGUCCUGUGGAAUCCCCGAGCUCUCAGACCUGGAGGACCUCAAGUAUGUGUAUGAUGCCCUGAGACCUCAGGACACAGAGGCCAAUGCCACCACCUACUUCACAAGGUUGAUUGAGUCCAGCCUGGGCAGCGUAGCCACGAAACUCAACUUUUUCAUCCAUAACCUGGCUCAGAUGAAGUUCACAGGCUCAGAUGACCGGCUGACCCUCUCCUUCGCUCCCCGGACACACACUCUCAAGAGCUCUGGCCGCAUCCGAGAUGUCUUCCUCUGCCGACAUGAGAAGAUCUUCCACCCCAGCAAGGGCUAUGUAUAUGUGGUGAAGGUGAUGCGAGAGAAUGCUCACGAGGCGACAUACAUCCAGAGGACAUUCGAGGAGUUCCAGGAACUGCACAAUAAGCUGCGCCUGCUCUUCCCUUCUUCCUUCCUGCCCAGCUUCCCUAGCCGGUUUGUGAUUGGCCGCUCCCGGGGAGAGGCAGUGGCUGAGAGGAGGAAGGAGGAGUUAAAUGGCUACAUCUGGCACCUGAUUCAUGCAGCCCCUGAGGUGGCUGAGUGUGAUCUGGUGUAUACUUUCUUCCACCCCCUGCCCCGAGAUGAGAAGGCUUCAGGCCCCAGCCCAGCUCCGAAGUCCUCAGAUGGGACGUGGGCCCGGCCGGUUGGGAAGGUCGGUGGGGAGGUGAAGCUGUCUAUCUCCUACAAAAACAACAAACUCUUCAUCAUGGUGAUGCAUAUUCGGGGCUUGCAACCGCUCCAGGAUGGCAAUGACCCUGACCCCUAUGUAAAGAUUUACCUCCUUCCUGACCCUCAGAAAACCACAAAGAGGAAAACCAAGGUGGCCCGGAAAACCUGCAACCCUACCUACAAUGAGAUGCUGGUAUAUGAUGGGAUCCCCAAGGGAGACCUGCAGCAGCGGGAGCUACAGUUGAGUGUGCUGAGUGAGCAAGGAUUUUGGGAGAAUCUGCUUCUCGGGGAGGUGCACAUCCGCCUUCGGGAGCUGGACCUGGCCCAGGAGAAGACCGGCUGGUUUGGACUGGGUUCUCGAGGUCAUGGAACCUAAUGAACCCACUCCUGGCCCAGACCUGCGGCUGCGGCCCAGAGCUGGAAGAGAAGCCUCUACCCCACCUAACUCCUUUGCUAGGAAGGAGCAGAACCCUCGGUGGCCUUCCCCACGCACGGUCCAUGUGGACCUGACCUCCGUGAGGGGGCUGGAAGAGUCAAGCGCUAUCCACUGCCCCUUCCUCCGCAGGCUGCACUGGGGUGGGUUGUGCUGAACAGCCCCCCUCUCCUGCCCCCAGAAGCUGUGGGCUUGCAGCAGAGUUUUAUGUUUACCUUGUGUCAAGGGAGCAAUGCCUGCUUUGGGGUAUGUGGAGUGCGGGCUAUAUGAAGUAGCACUUAGAAAGGGAGGGUGGGUGGAUAUUUUAUUUUUAUUUUUAAAAAAUGAAAUAGUAAUGUUGUCCUAACUGGGACAGGAAGCUUUGUGUGAGAGGGGCCUGCCAUGCCUGGGAAGGCAAAAGAGAAAGACUAUUUGGUUUUUGGGUUUUGUUUUUUUUGUUUUGGUUUGGUUUGGUUUGGUUUUUUGUAUGAUGAGAGUUCUUAUUGGACUUUUUCUCCAGGAUUUUUGGGGGUUUGUUUUCUAGCUAUAGGAAAUAUCGGGGAGGGCCCCGGUGGGUCCUCAAUAAAGCCCUCCCUCUCUCGGGCAUACUGGGGAGGGGUGGGGAGGACUAACUGACAGCCGGACUGACGCCCACUCUGGGCCAUCUGAUUUUGCCUCCAAAGGAGGGCAUCGUGAAAACUACAUGUGUAAGGAAGGGCCUUCCAUUGUAGAGUUCCGCCAAGGACCUAGAUUCAGGGACCUGUGCUCUUUAGGGCAAAGUGUUUCCUCUCCUCUUCCCCCUCUGCUUGGACUCAGCUCAGGCGCCUUCCUGUCCCCUCUACCCCUGUGUUCUCUCGGCCCGCUAUGGGUCACCCCGUCCUGGAGAAUGCACUGGGGUGCUUCUGUGCCCCAUCUUGUUUGAUGGGAUAAAAUGCUGCUACCCCUCAGCUCUAGCCACGCCUGUAGGGCAGGCACGUCGUGCCAUUUGCUGCAGCUUCUGGGAAAUGUCCCCUGAGACCGUCUACUACUUUCUCUUCAAACCCUGUUUCUGUCACACUUUAAAAAGAGCUUCAUUCUGUAGGGUCACAAAGCUGUAUAGGGCAUAGACAAAGAGAUGCCCAACCCAUAGCAGAGUGGGCUGGAGUGAGCCCUGGUCAAUGCAGUUGUUUCUUCUGGAUAUUUUCCUGGCUGGAUUGGAGCAGCUUCCUCUUUGGAAAACAAACAAAAGAUUAUUUCAACCUCUUUCUUUCUUUCUUUCUUUCUUUCUUUCUUUCUUUCUUUCUUUCUUUCUUUCUUUCUUUCUUUCUUUCUUCCUUCCUUCCUUCCUUCCUUCCUUCCUUCCUUCCUUCCUUCCUUCCUUCCCUCCUUCCUUCCCUCAAGACAGGGUUUCUCUGUGUAGCCCUGGCUGCCUUGGAACAUAGAGGUCCAUCUGCCUCUGCCUCCCAAGUGUUGGGAUUAAAGACAUUUGCCGCCACCAUCUCCUGGCUUAUUUGGCUUCCUUAUGUGGUGCUAGGGAUCAAACCCAGGACCCUUUGAGUGCCAGGCAAGCCCUGCACCGCACCACCAAGCUUCGUCUCCAGUCCACCUUGCGUUCUUCCUUUCUCACCCUUCUCUCUCUUGGGUUUCCAAAGAGUUGUCUCGUCUUAAAGGUAACAGCUAGGGACUCUGUUUAACUUUUUAUGUUUUUUUUUUUAAGACAGUGUCUCACUAUGUAGAGCAGGCUGGCCUUGAACUCAUAGAACUCUGCCUGCCUCUGCCUCUAUACGGGAACUAACUUUUAAAUGAAGAGUUAGCAAGGACAAGGCAAAUAGUUUCUCUGUGACCCCAUUUCUGGAGAGAGAAAAGCUCCAUUGAAGCCACAUGGAAACAAGAAAGGUGUUUGUUUUGUUGUUGUUUAUUUUGCUUCUGGUUUUUAAUUUUUUUUUUUUUUUUUUUUUAUGAGAGAGGGUAUCAUAUAGCCCAGGUUGGCCUCAAACUCCUAUGUAGAUAAGGAUAGUCUUAAGCUCCUGACCUACUUGCCUUUCCAACUCACAGGUGCUAAGAUUACAGACAUGAGCUGCCCCAUCCAUUUUCUCCUUAAUUUAAAAUGACAGGCCAGUGAGGUGGCUCAGGACUUGCCUGGUCAACUUAAGUUUGAUCACUGAGACCUUUAAGGUGGCGGGAGGCAACCAACUCCUACAAGUUAGUUUUUUUUUUUUUUUUGUCCUUCAUAUGCACUACACAACAUGUGCACACACAUACACACAGAUAACAUAAUUUUAAAAUGCCAAGGAUAAAGCAGCCUGAUGAAGGCAGGAGAGUAGAGCGGGAAAGCAAUGGAACCUUCCAGAUGUUUGGACCAUAGACGAGCUGCUGGCUUUUUGCCUGCAGCUCAUUUUCUUUUGACCCUUUAUGUCUGACUUAAAGAGGUCUAUGUACUGUACCCACUUCCCACACUCCUUUAUCUUCUACUUUCUCUGGAAUUGUAUUUUUUAAUAAACGACAUUUGAGAAACAAA